UUUCAUUGAUGUAGUAAUAUAUAUUUAUAUAUUUAUAUAUUGUAUUGUUUGUAAAUAGCAAAACUGCCUAUUACAUGUUGAAUUCGAAAUCUGCAUUCAAUAUCUGCCAUGUGAAUUACAAGACUCCUGACACGAUGAUGUCUUCAAAGAGUGAAUUGAAAAAACUGUCUGAAGAAAGCUUGACCAGGCAGCCAGAAGAAGUGUUUGACAUAAUUUGUAAACUUGGAGAAGGAUCCUAUGGAAGUGUAUUUAAAGCAAUACACAAGGAAUCUGGUCAAGUACUUGCUAUUAAGCAAGUAUUGGUUGACACCGAUCUUCAAGAAAUUACAAAAGAAAUAUCCAUUAUGCAACAAUGUGACAGCCCCUAUGUAGUUAAAUACUAUGGUUCAUAUAUUAAGAAUACUGAUUUAUGGAUUGUUAUGGAAUAUUGUGGUGCUGGUUCAGUAUCUGACAUCAUGAAAUUAAGAAAACAGACACUGUCAGAAGACGAAAUAGCUACUAUAUUGUCAGACACACUUAAAGGACUAGAGUACUUACAUUCAAGGAGAAAAAUACAUAGAGAUAUUAAAUCUGGAAAUAUAUUGUUAAACUCUGAAGGACAUGCUAAACUAGCUGAUUUUGGGGUUGCUGAACAGCUGACUGAUACAAUGAGCAAAAGAAAGACUCUAAUAGGAACUCCAUUUUGGAUGGCACCUGAAGUAAUCUCUGAAAUAGGAUACGAUUGUGUUGCUGAUAUAUGGAGCUUAGGAAUAACUGCAUUAGAAAUGGCUGAAGGCAGACCUCCAUACAGUGAUAUACACCCAAUGCGCGCUAUAUUCAUGAUACGAACUAAACCACCGCCUACGUUUCGAGAACCAGAUAAGUGGUCCCCAGAAUUUAUCGAUUUUGUCAGUCAAUGUCUAAUCAAAAACCCAGAGGAACGAGCAACAGCCACAAAAAUGUUAGAUCAUGAAUUUAUUGGUAACCCAAUGCCACCAGAAAUUUUAAGUCAAAUGAUCACUAAAACAAAAGAAAUUCAAGAGAAUCAAACUCUCUGUUCUUAUACAUCUUGUUUAGUCAAAUCAGCUGAAUCCAAAGAUCAAAAAUUUAAAGAAGAAGAUAUUGACAGUCGUACAAUGAUAGUAGAUGAUAGUACCCUUGUACCGGAUAAAUCAAAAGAGACAAGUUUAAAAUGUAAUUCAUUAGUAGAAGAAUUGAGAACAAUGAUAAUUAAUAGUGAUGGAGAAGGUGAUUCCACAUUGAAAAGACAUGAUACAGGACCUGAAAAAUCGGGUAAACAAUAUAGACCCUUAUUCUUAGAUCAUUUUGAUAAAAAAGUUGCAGAAAAAUCUAAAAACGAUAAUUUUGAUGUGGGAAACAAAUUAUUUGGUGAUAGACCAGAUUCUGCUCAAGAUGGUUCUCAAAUUGACGAAUCUAAAAAAACUAAAACUUUAAAUCAAAUUCCUAUGCCGCAAAUAAAUUGCAAACCUAAUGGUAAACUACCAACAGCUCUUCAUCAAAACCGAUACUACACACCAAACGUUGAUGGAAAUUUUGAUUUUUUGAAGUUUUUAAGCUUUGAUGACUUGCAACAAAGAAUGUCCAAUUUAGAUUCUGAAAUGGAACAUGAAAUUGAUGAGCUACGACGUCGUUAUCAAACAAAACGCCAACCAAUACUAGAUGCAAGGGAUCAGAAGCGUAAACGACAUCAAAACUUUUGAAAUAUUUAAAAUUUGUACAGUUGCUGUGUUAAUACCAUAGUUAGGUUAUGGUAGAUUUUCCCCAAUUAAGGUGCUAUAUGUAUAAUAUGUAGCCUGUCAGUAAUAGGGCAUGUAAUAUUUAUUAGACCGACUCCCUGAUUAAUUUUUGAAACAUAGGUAAUAAAACUGAUAAAUAUUAAUGUAUAAAUUAUCAUUAUAAUAGCCUUAACAAAUAUCUAAAUCAUUUAUUCUGUUUUAAGUAUUAUUAAAGGUCAAGUUGUUUUAAUCAUCUGAUAAUAUCGGGAACAUAACAUAACAAGUUUAGAAAUCAAAUAUAAUUUGACUUGAACCCUUGACUUGAGCCCUUUCACAUCAUGGCUGAAGACCUAUUGCAUGUAAUUUUAUAAGACAUGCCCUUUGUCAUUAAAAUUAGUAAAAAUUAGUGACUUAGGCCUUUUCUCAUAAAAAAUUCUGUAUAACGACUUAUUGCCAUAUGCAUUCUACUUUAUCUCGUAAAGCAAAUCCCACAUGGCAUUUACAGUAAUACCAUUCAGCGCGGCUUGAAAUUUCAGACAGAAUUACUGUAUAAACUAAAAAUUUCCAAAAUUGACUUAAGCCAUUUCUCUUAAAACCGUCCAAUUAUGCCAGUAUAGGAUAUAAUAUUAUUAUUGUUUAUAUAAUUUAAAUUUUUCCAAUAAUUUUUUGUCUUCCUUCAUUUUUUCCUGAUUUUUAAGUGACAUCACCUUUUUUUAAAAAAUAAUAUUAGACUUUGCCAUUAAAUUAUAGUUUAUCAUGGAGAUAGUAUAUAUUUAUUUUAGAUUGAUAAAUAAUACCUUGUAUUUUUGGGCUUUUAUAAUAUGUGGUUGUACUUUCUAGAAAUCAAAACAAUACAAUAUAUUUUAUCGAUGUUUAUAUUAGAAGAACUUAAUCUUUGUAUGAAUAAAAUAUGAUAAGAUUAAUAAAUCUAAUAAUUUACGGUU